AUGGCAACCAUGAAAGCAAUUGAAAUCAAGGACGGCAAAGGCCGAUUGGAAAACCUCUACAUCGCCGACAUCCCUCGCCCCAAAAUCACAGGAGCCCAAGCACUCGUUAAAGUCAAAGCCUUCGGACUAAACCGAAUGGAUCUUCUCCAACGAGAAGGCAAAUACCCCGUCCCACCACAAGCACCCAGAACACUGGGUGUCGAAUUCAGCGGCACGAUUGAAGAGCUGGCGGGAGACAGCGAGUCGGAGUUCAAGGUUGGCGAUGCUGUGUUUGGUCUGGCGUAUGGUGGAGCGUACGCGGAGUAUAUUGCUGUGAGCACGCACAUGCUGGUGCACAAGCCCGAUGAAUUGAGUUGGGAAGAGUGCGCCGGGAUUCCAGAAGUAUACAUCACAGCUUUGCAGGCGAUGUACUUGAUCGGCGAGUUUGAGCCUGGCAAGAGUAUUCUGUGGCAUGCGGGCGCCUCGUCGGUUUCGAUUGCGGGACAGCAGCUGAGUAGAGUCAAUGGUGCUUCGGAGUGGUAUGCGACUGCCAGGUCAGAUGAUAAGACGGACUUUUGCGUGAAAGAGCUGGGAGCGAAGGCAGCGUACAACACCAAGACGACGAAGUGGGAUGAAGAGGUGUUGAAGGCGACGGAUGGGAAGGGUGUGGAUAUCAUCGUGGACUUUAUCGGGCCUGAUACGUUCGCUGCGAACCUCAAUGCUAUUGCGAGAGACGGCAGGAUCGUCAACCUGGCGACCCUGAGCGGUAUGAAGCUGAAGGAUACUGAUGCUGACUUUGGGGCUUUCGUAAGGAAGCGGGUGCGGUAUGAAGGCAGCAGCUUGAGAAGUCGAGACGAGAAGUACCAGGGCAAACUGAGGGAUCAGUUGGUUGAGCACGCGUUGCCGAGAUUCAAGGACGGGUCGUUGCGAUCUAUCAUUGAGAAGGUCUACCCAUGGGAGCAGAUCCAGGAGGCGCACAGGCAGAUGGAGGCAAACUUGACGAAAGGAAAGCUCGUUUGUAUUAUAUCGUAA